AUGCUCCGGCCCGCAAUAUCCUCUACCAUCGAACCUACGCCCGAUCAGAAGAUGGACGUAAUUAAGCUUCGGAUGGAUGAAGCAGAUCAGGCUGUCUUCUCCACCUCUUAUUGCAAAUCCUUUGCAGAAAAUCCUCCUACUCUAGCAGCACAUGGCGGAAAGGGGUGUCCCCCAAUUGCGAUCACGGGUAUGGCCUUGCGACUUCCUGGCGGGGUAAACUCCCCGGAAGCGUUCUGGGAGUUCCUGAUCGAUAAGAAAGACGGUUUGUGUGAGGUCCCGGAGUCUCGUUAUAAGGUUGACUCGUUUUAUCAUGAGUCAAAACCUAACUCUGUGAGGGCGAAGCGCGGAUACUUUUUACAGCAAGAUCCCGCACACUUCGAUGCGUCAUUUUUUUCAAUCAGUGCAUAUGAGGCGGCACGAAUGGAUCCCCAACAACGACAGCUGCUUGAAAUUGUGUGGGAGUGCUUUGAAAGCGCUGGGGUGACCAACUGGCGAGGUAAAGACAUCGGAUGCUUUGUCGGGAGCUUUGGUGAGGACUGGUUGGAUCUUGGCAGCAAGGAUCCCCAGAGUGUCGACCGGUAUCAUGUACUAGGAACAGGUGACUUUGCUCUUGCAAAUCGUGUCUCGUAUGAAUUUGAUCUCCAGGGGCCAAGUAUGACUCUAAGAACUGGCUGCUCUGCAUCGCUUGUUGGCCUACACGAGGCCUGUCAGUCAUUGUAUUCCGGAGAAUGUUCGUCAGCUAUUGUUGCGGGGACUAAUCUCAUCUUGACACCCACGAUGACUACCACCAUGUCCAGCAACUUGGUUUUGUCACCAACGGGGGUGUGUCGUACAUUUGAUGAGAAGGCAGAUGGCUACGGUCGAGGUGAAGCAAUCAAUGCGAUCUACAUUAAGCCCCUCAGUGAUGCUCUUAGAGACAAUGAUCCCAUCCGAGCCAUCAUCCGUUCGACCUCGACCAACUGUGAUGGGCAUACCCCGAGCAUCACAACACCCGGCUCCCUGUCGCAGGAGAAGCUCAUUCGAAAGGCCUACGAGAAGGCGAUGCUUGGCGACAUUGCCCAGACAGCGUUUUUUGAGUGCCAUGGAACCGGUACUAUUAUCGGGGAUACCGCAGAAACCGGCGUUGUGGCAAAGUUAUUCAACCAGAACGGAAUAAUUCUCGGAUCAGUCAAACCCAAUGUAGGUCAUUCAGAGGGUGCGUCAGGGAUUACCAGUGUGAUCAAAGCUGUUCUUUCUCUCGAACACAAGACAAUACCGCCAAACAUCUUCUUUGACGCACCCAACCCUAAUAUCCCUUUCAAAGAAGCCAAACUCCAAGUUCCUUUGAACCAAAUGCCAUGGCCGAAGGAUCGCACCGAGAGAGUCAGUGUAAAUUGCUUUGGAAUUGGAGGUGCCAAUGCACAUGUCAUUUUAGAUUCUAGUUCAGUAGUUUGUGGCGACAGUCAGCGGGAAUUUGUUGAAUGCCCGGGCGCUCGACUUUUUGUUGUUUCGGCAAAUUGUGCAGACAGCCUGCAAAUCAGGACUCAGGAUGUCGCCCAAUACGCCAAAAACCACCCAGCUGAGUUGCACAAUUUGGCCUAUACUCUCGGUGUUCGGCGUGAGCACCUGGAAUACCGCGCAUUUGCAGUUACCCGGCCCGAUAAGGCAAUUGAUCUUUCAUGGCUCCAGGCCCGCAAAGCUGGAUCGUCCGGGCUGAUUUGGACUUUCACUGGUCAGGGUGCGCAGUGGCCAGCCAUGGGGAAAGAUUUGAUGCAUAGAUUUGAUGCAUUUAGGAACGAUAUAAAGGAUCUAGAUAAAGUUUUACAGGAGCUGAGCGAUUCUCCUGAAUGGUCGUUGGAGCAUGAGCUUUGCAAGGUGGGAGAUGCCAGUCGUGUCAACAAGGCUGAAUUCUCCCAGCCCCUUUGUACUGCGCUCCAGAUAGGGCUGGUCAACCUGCUGAAAAACUGGGGAGUUGAGCCAUUUUCAGUUGUUGGACACUCCAGUGGAGAGAUUGCUGCAGCCUACGCAGCUGGUGCCAUAACAGCAAGAUCAGCUAUCAUAAUUGCAUAUUAUCGCGGGAAGAUAUGCAGAGACGAGGAAGGGAAGGGUGCUAUGGUAGCCGUUGGCUUGAAUCGUGAUGAUGUCGCCCGUUUCCUGGACAACAGUAUCGCUGUAGCCUGUGAGAACAGUCCGCAGAGCGUGACACUUUCUGGGGACAAGGAAGGGAUCGAGCGCGCGAUUCAAAAAAUAAAGGCAGACCUCCCAGACGUGCUAUGUCGGCGACUCCGAGUGAAUAUUGGGUAUCAUUCCUAUCAUAUGCAUGCACCUGGAGCUCUGUAUGAGUCUGCUAUUUUGCAACAUAUUGAGCAUGACAAGGAUAUGCUUCCAAUGUUUUCGAGCGUCACAUCCACAACCAUCACAGAUCCCAAUGAGCUCAGCGCCAAAUAUUGGCGGCGUAACUUGGAGUCUCCGGUCCUCUUCUCAGGAGCAGUCCGCUGCAUUCUUCGAGAGUUGCAGAACCCAGGAUUUCUGGAAAUAGGACCACAUUCUGCUCUCUCAGGACCCCUCCGGCAGAUUUUCCAAGCUGAGAGUUUGAAAGUUGACCCUAUUUACAUCCCAACACUUACUCGGAACGAUCAUGACUCCCGGUCUAUGUUACUCUCCACUGCAGGCUCUAUUUACAACAAUGGCUUCCCAAUUGAUCUGUUGAUGGUCAAUGGUUUUGGUACCACCUUACCAGACCUCCCAGCUUAUCCUUGGCUACAUAAUACAAGAUAUUGGCAUGAAACCCGUGCAGCCCGCGACUGGAGAUUACGCUCCAUGCCUCACCAUGAGAUCCUGGGAGCGCGAACUGCGGAAUCCUCUGACCUAGAGCCAUCUUGGAGGAAUAUGCUGCAGUUAGAAAAUGUACCAUGGAUCUGGGAUCAUGUCGUUCAAGGAGAAGUUAUUUUCCCAGCUGCUGGAUACAUCGCUAUGGCAGGCGAAGCAAUUCGGCAACUCAACAUCAGUGGCAUAGAUUACUCAAUAAGGAAUAUCUUUUUCAAAUUGCCCCUUACCUUGAAGGACGGACAACCUACUGAGCUCAUCACAACUUUGAGACCAGUGAAACUCAAUGACCUUGUUGACUCUGACUGGUAUACCUUUACAAUCAUUACACAUGAUGGGACUGGAUGGAUCAAACAUUGCCAUGGUGAAGUCAGGGCACAUUACGAUCAUGCACCAGAGACAAGAGAGAUAAAGCGCCAUGCUCGUCCAGUCAACUCGGAGAAAUGGUACAAGACUUUGGCCCAGUACGGUCUGGACUAUGGUCCACAAUUCCAAGGUUUGGAUGGUAUCUCAGUCAGUCCUAUAGAGCACAUGGCUAGUGCAAGGAUUUGCAAUAAGAGUGCUACUCCAGUCAGUCAUUACACUCUCCAUCCAACCGUGAUUGACCAAUGUUUGCAAUUGAUGAGUGUUGCAAUGGUCAAUGGCAUAGCCCGCAAGAUCGACCGAAUUGUCAUCCCAGCAGCCAUUGAGCAGCUUUAUGUUCGAGACUCUAUCUCACAGAUGAAUCUUGGGGUCCAGGUCAGUGAUGGAGGGAGAGGAAAUCAAUUUGGAGAUGCCACUUUAAUCAGCGAUAACAUCGUUUCACUAUCCCUAAAAAAAGCCAAAUUCUUUGCCUUGGAUCACCACAACGCCGGAGAAUGCAGUAUUCCACUGAUCUCGCAAAUCAGGUGGGAGCCGGACAUUGACUUGCUACCCACGAGUGCGCUGCUUCCCAUGAGGCUUGCAGAGUCAGAUCAUGAGACUAUAUCUAAGCAUGCAAUAGCUGUCCUGGCAAAAGUCAGUCUUCUCUACAUUCUGGAGACUGGUGAUCGACUUUCUGGUGUCGAACCUACGAUACCACACCUUGUGAAGUGGAAGAGUUGGGUCAAUUCUGAGGCUGUGAAAAUUCGUGAAGGGAACAGUCAAAUGUUUCCAGAAUCGCUAGAGUGGGCUCAGAUGAACUCAGCGAGUCGGCACAGCCUCAUCGAAGCCUUCCUCCUACCAUUCCAGACCCCAGGAGCCACACUCGCUGUUUUCUCAGAAUGUAUGCGGGUCGUUUACGACAAUUCUUUGGACCUUGCGAGUGGCAAGACUACAUCUCUGGAUCUUCUGAUGGCCGAUCAACGCUUGGAAAGAUAUUAUGCAGCGCUACAGCCAAUGUGUGACUGGAGUCGCUUCCUAUCGCUUAUAGGCCAUUCGAAUCCUCGAGUCCGUAUCCUGGAGAUUGGUGCUGGAACAGGAAGUGCCACUCAAGAAGUAUUGAAACAUCUUCGAACCCGUGAGGGUUCGCGAUUAUUUUCCACAUAUACGUUCUCAGAUGUCUCUUCGGGAUUCUUGGUGGCCGCAGAAGAGAAGUUUGCCGAUUACAAAAAUAUUCACUAUAAAGUUCUCGAUAUCACCAAGGACCCCAAAGAACAAGGAUUUGACCUGCAUAGUUUUGACCUUAUCAUUGCUUCCAAUGUUCUUCAUGCCACCCCUCGACUUGCAACAUCAUUGGCGCAUGUUCACAUGCUUCUCGCGCCUAAAGGACGCUUGCUGCUUCACGAGUUACACCCAGGUAUGAAUAUUUUGCUGAAGCUCGGGGAUCACAUAUUGGUAACCGACUAUAUCAUGGGGAUUCUUCCUGGCUGGUGGCUCGGAGAGAAUGACGAAAGACCUAACAAGCCUUAUGUCUCGCCGGAGAGAUGGGACUGCCAGUUACGCGCAGCUGGAUUUAAAGGCAAUGAAGCCAUGAUAUACGACCUGGACCCACCAUAUCAGAAUAACUUUACCAUGCUUUCAAGUGUCAUUCAAGUACCACUUGUACCGAAAGAGAUCUUACUUUUGAUCGAUGAUCGUCGAGACAGCUGGGCAAUCAAGGUCGCCCACUGUUUCCGUGCCAAGGGUUAUGCAGUCGAUUGGGGCACUUUAGCUGACCACCCGCCAGCUAACAAAUGUAUCAUCUCUCUGUUGGAAUCAACAAGCCCAUUUCUCUCCAACAUGAGCGCACAGGGAUUUGAUGAUCUUCAACAAUAUAUCACCAAAGCGGACCGCGGCCAAUUCCUCUGGGUGACCAGGCUAGCUCAGACCAGCUGCACAGACCCUAAUCACGGGUUUAUCCUGGGUUUCGUCCGGGCCUUGAGGCACGAAAUGACUCUAGAUAUAUCAACCUUUGAAACUGAAUGCUUUGACGAUUCUGCAGCAAAUGCACUUGUACAGGUCUAUGAAAAGAUUCAGAGGUCCCCCGAUAUUUCCUUAAUGGACCCAGAGUAUGAAUUUACUUUUGAACAAGGUACUGUGAAUGUGAGCCGGUGCCAUUGGGGAUCCCCGAUGCAGAUGCAACCUGUCCAUCACCCAAAAGAACUGCCCAAAAAGCUGGAUAUCGAUGAAUAUGGUCUGGUCGAUACGCUCCACUGGACCGCCACUGAUGAGUUACAGUUGGCAGACGACCAGGUUGAAGUCGACAUGCACUACAUUGCUUUGAACUUUAGGGACGUCAUGGUUGUCAUGGGUGUGUUUGGGGACAAAGAGUGUCUAGGCAUUGAAGGCAGCGGUAUCGUUCGUCGCGUCGGAUCUGACGUGGUCAGCUUGGAAUCGGGCGAUAGAGUAGCUGUGACCAAUUCCGGAAUUUUCGGUGAUCGGAUUGUGACAUCUCAAACGAGAUGCUCCAAGCUUCCAAGAACCUUGUCUCUUGAAGAUGCGGCUACCAUGCCGUCUGUAUAUGCGACGGCAAUAUACUCGUUGAUUCACCUAGGCAUGCUGAAAAAGGAUCAGACUGUAUUGAUCCACUCGGCCUGUGGCGGUGUUGGCUUGGCUUCUAUUCAUAUAUGCAAACUAAUCGGCGCCGAGAUAUUUGCCACCGUAGGGAGCGAAGAGAAAGUCCAAUAUCUUAUGGAGCAUCAUGGCAUUUCCCGCAAUAGGAUCUUCAACUCUAGGAGUGCCGAGUUCCUACCCGCCAUUUUGCGGGAGACCAAUGGUCGAGGAGUAGAUAUUGUUCUGAACUCCCUAGCCGGAAAGUUACUACAUGCCUCGUGGGAAUGUGUAGCCAAGUUCGGGAGAAUGAUUGAGCUCGGCAAGCGGGAUUUCUUGACCAACGGGGUGCUUAGUAUGAUGCCGUUUGGCAAGAACCGAGCCUUUUUUGGCGUGGACCUCAACGAGAUAGGUGAUGAAAACCCCCAAGUAUUUGAAGGACUGAUCUCUCAAUUUUUGAAUUGGUACAAAGAGGGCAGGAUUUCACCCAUUCGCCCAGUGAAGGUGUUUGAUGCGACGGAGGUUGUGGAUGCAUUUCGAUAUAUGCAACAAGGUGUUCACAUGGGUAAGAUCUUGGUGAAGAUGCCUAGUGAUCCUAAGCAGCUUAACUGCUCGGUGGGAAAACCUAGGUUUUCUCUCUCUACAGACGCAUCGUAUCUGCUUGUUGGGGGUCUUGGUGGACUUGGGCGUGUGGUAUCAACUUGGAUGGUGGAAAAAGGAGCAAAGCACUUGGUAUACUUGUCUCGAAGUGCUGGAAAGUCUGAGGAAGACCAGGAAUUUCUUCAUGAGCUUGAGGUACAAGGCUGCAAGGCGAUUUGUGUGGCUGGCAGUGUGACUUCCAUAGAUGAUGUGAAUCGAGCUGUCUCGCAGUGCAAGAAGCCUCUUGCGGGUGUUCUUCAAAUGUCGUUGGCUUUGAGGGAUCGAACAUUUUCCAGAAUGACUUAUGAGGAAUGGAUCUCAUGCCUUGAACCCAAGGUCCAAGGAACCUGGAACUUACAUCAUGCCGUGCCUAAGAAGGGCCUUGAAUUUUUCGUGGUGUUUGGCUCAGCAUCUGGAACUUGUGGUUAUACUGGCCAGACCAACUAUGCCGCCGCCAACACUUUCCUAGACAGCUUCACCCAAUACCGGCGGCAGAUAGGCUUGCCCUCAUCUGUUCUGAGACUCGGACCAGUUGAAGAUGCUGGCUUAGUGAGCCGUGACGCCAACUCCCUACAGCUCUGCCGUGCUGCCUCAUUCCGCAUGUUAGUGGAAAGGGACGUGAUAGAAGCUUUACAGCUCACCAUUACCCAGUCAUGCCUGCAAAGCCCAUCAGGUAGCGUCAUUGCCGGACUAAGCAACACCAAGCCUACCUCGAGUCCCAAAUGCCGCCCUAUGUGGGUACCAGAGGCGAGAUUUGCUUUGUAUUUGAACUUGGAGACCGAGGGGGAGCAAGUUGCUCAGUUGAGAAACGACGAGCUCAUGUCUCUUCUGCAGAAUGUCGAACAGAAUCCGGCUGUUCUGGACGAACCAAAUACCGAAGUGACCAUCCGUAAGGAGAUUGCUCAGCUAGUUACACGGCAUCUGGCGCAGGCAGGCGGCAUGGACGAUGAACAAGUGGCCAAUAUGGCAAUUGACUCGCUACUGUCCAUUGAGAUCAGGAGCUGGACUCGUCGGAACCUGGGCAUCGAGGUCAGUCUGAUAGAGAUCUCGAAAGGAAGAACGGUUGGUGGUCUAUCUGGAGUGAUCAUUCAACAUCUGAAGACCAAAUACGUCUCAAAGAGCGCUGGAGAUAAUGACGAGAUCACUCGUCCUGAACUGCAGUGA